AUGGAGCGGCCCACUGUAGUGCCCCUAGCAGUCCACCUACCGAAUGAGCAGAUAGUUACGUUCCCUGCUAACGCUACCACUGCAGAGUUAUCAGCCCGCCUGGAGCGAUCUGUAACUACGCUUACGGCGUUCUUCCAGCGCAACGCUGACCAUGAGUAUGGCUGUGAGGUCCUAUAUCAGGACUAUCCAUCCCAGUUUGUUUGGCACCUCCCGUCACGGACCUGGCACGUGCGUCAGCGCGGCACUGCGAUUGGCCGCAUGUACUUUUGCAGCCCGCUACAGGGUGAACAGUUCUAUCUACAGCUUCUCUUGACUACCGUACGGGGUCCACAGUCCUACGCGGACCUGCGUACCUUUAGCGGCACAGAGUAUCCUACUUUCCAGGCCGCCGCAGCUGCCCGCGGGUUACUGCUACACGAUGGAGACUGGGUAGCCUGCUUCCAGGACGCCGUUACGUUUGCCACAGGCCAGGCGUUACGGUACUUCUUCGUUGCUGCUCUCUUAAAUAGGCCUGUUACAGAUCCAGCUGCUAUCUGGGCAGCCUUCCAGGCGGAUUUGUGUGACGACUUACCUGAGGCUGCUGCUGCCCUGCUAGUAUCCGCAGAUCCAGACGCGUACCUUGACUACGGCCUGUAUCUGAUAGAAGGGCUGCUGGCAGAGUCUGGCAAACGUCUUACGGAUUUCUCACUCCCUGCGUGCCAGUUCAACUGGGGAGUACGGCUGCAGAAUCAGCUUCUUGCCGCUGAGCUGGCCUACGAUACAGACGGGCAGGACACUGCCUUCUGGGACACUGUUACAGGGCUGAAUAUAGACCAGCGCGCCGUAUUUGAUGCCGUUACUGCCGCUAUUGAGGCUGACCACAGCACUGCCCACUUCUUUGUACAGGGCCCAACAGGCACAGGCAAGACGUUCCUCUGGCGCUGUAUAUGUGCCUACUAUCGCUCUACAGGCCGGGUGGUCCUGUGCGUUGCGUCGUCGGGUAUAGCUGCUGUCCUGCUGCCCGGCGGCCGCACUGCCCACUCCCGUUUCCGGAUCCCGUUGGAUAUCCACGACGAUUCCAUCUGCCCUGUUGCUCCAGGCUCGGAGCUUGGGCGGCUGCUGCAGGCCGCUACUCUAGUUAUCUGGGACGAGGUGCCUAUGCAGCACCGUUACUGCUUCGAGGCAGUCCACCGUAUGCUGCAGGACGUCCGUAGCUCCCCUGCCCUGUUUGGCGGCCUCCCUGUAAUUGCCAGCGGCGAUUUUGCCCAGAUCCUACCCGUCGUCCGCCGGGGCCAGCGGCCUGCCAUCGUCAACGCCUGCCUGCAGCAGUCUACGCUCAUAUGGCCGCACAUGACCGUACUGCACCUGCGUCAGAAUAUGCGGGUGCUAUCUGGGGCUGACAACACCUGUUUUGCAGCCUGGUGCCGGGGACUGGCUACCCGUGAGAUGGAUGGCCUGAUCUCCAUCCCAGACUGGAUGACCGUCUACUACAGCCUACAGGGCUUCCUGGAUCACGUCUAUCCGCCGCACCUCCUCCAGCAGGCUGCUGCGGACUAUCAGGUCCUCAACGGCCGUGCUAUACUGGCCGUACGGAACGACGCAGUAGCUGUAAUCAACGCCGCAAUGCUUGCUGCCUUCCCUGGUGAGCUAGUAGAGCUGGUUGCAGUGGACUCUGCUGAGGUUGAGGACAAUACAACACAGGAUCUGCCUCCCGUAGAGCUGCUGCAGUCCUUUGAGCCCCCGUCACUGCCCCCGUCACGCCUUCUGCUCAAGGUAGGCGUACCAAUAAUGCUUCUACGGAACCUGUACCCAAGCCAGGGGCUCUGCAACGGUACCCGUUUAGCGGUUACACAGAUAUCCUCCCGCUGUAUCCAGGCCCGCAUCCUAUCUGGCGAGUUUGCAGGCCAGCUCCGCCUGCUGCCACGUAUCAGGCUCACUUCAACCAGUAGAGAGCUCCCGUUUAUCGUCAGCUGGGUCCAGUUUCCAGUUCGCCUCUCCUUUGCAAUCACUGUAAACAAGUCACAGGGCCAGUCACUCUCUGUUGUAGGCGUUGAUCUGCGUCACGCUGUGUUUACACAUGGCCAGCUAUACGUAGCUAUGUCCCGUGUAACUACACUUGCAGGCCUGUCAAUCCUGCUGCCAGCACCUGAUACUAGCGAUGAGCCAUCCCGUACGGUCCCUAAUAUCGUAUACCCAGAGGUGCUCCUGUAG